AUGCUGUUGCGUAAAUAUUUCACAGCGGUCCAUCGUGGUCGCGGAGCUGUGACCCCCAUAUUCUUCCGACUUACGGCUGUUUGGACGAAGCGACUGUUCAGCGCAACGCACGGCGGAAGCGGCUGCGAGGAACAGACACACCUUUGCCAGCGCAGCGAUCCUUUGCGGGACUCUAUAGAUGGCGUCCGCCAGCCGCAUCGCCGUCGUUGUCAUGCACGACUGAUGGCGUCUCGUGAUCGAUAUCGUGGCGCGGUACCGUCACAGGGGCGCCGCGGUAGGUCGCAAAAGGGCAAUGCGGUACGUGUUUUGCAUCAGACGGCGUCCAAGCAACGACGGCAUGGGGCCACUUCGCGUCCGUCGCGCUCUUCUUCGCCUUUCAGGAAUACAAAGACGCACGACACCAUUCGCACCUCGCUGUAUGCGUUGGAUAAGGCUGAGAUGUUGGACGCAAUGCUCGCUCUUUCUUCUGCUCUUUACGAGGGUGAAGCAGCCGCGACGGCGGUACCCGUCAGUGGUGCCAACGCGUCAAAUAAUGUUGCUGACUACGCUGUCUUCUCUUCACGCGUGCCCCCUUUGACGUCGUCCAGUGGUCUUGGUGAGCUGGAGGGGGUGGCGGUUACCGGGGAGGAGGCGUAUGCAUCUCUCGACGCGGAGAACUUGAUGUGCUCCAUGGACGCGUGCUCUGAGAGAUGUAACGACGAGCGGGACGUGCGUGCAGUGCAAGUGGAUCUCGGUACCACGACCCCGGCGGUGCCGCCUUUCUCAAGGGCUGCUGUUGCUCACCCUUCGACUGCUGACACCUCCUCUUCCUCUAUUAUGGCUACCUUUGCUUCCCCUGACGUCCCGCUCGAGCGCAAAUUACUCCAGUUCAUGGACCUGUGCAGCAGCACGAGCCCGAAGUCACACCUAGGCGGUGACAACAGCGACGCGGCGUCACAGCGGCCUUGGAGUGGCGGAGCAGGGGUGCGAGUCGGCAACUGUAGGAGCGACUGCACUGCUUCUUCCGUUGCCACAGCAUGGACUUCGUCCACUGCUGCGGCGCUGGUACUGCCAGGGCUGGACAUGAAGGCCAUCCUGGCACGUGGAGUGCUGGAGAAUCGGCAUCUGCGGGGCCUCUCUCUCGUCCGGUGUGACUUCUCACUGGUGCGAUGGUCGCACGUGACGCUCGAGGACUGCGACCUCUCGCGCAGCCUUUUCUAUCGAGUCGAGCUGGACAAUGUGAUCUUCCGUCGCUGUAACUUCACGGGUUGCAUCCUCAAAGGCGUUCAGUGCAACCCAUCGUUAUCCCCCACAACUCACUUUGAGGACUGCGAUUUCCGCCUUGCCGCUGUCGGGUUGCUGUGUAUUCCCCACGGCUCACAGCGGUCAGGCCAAGGAGAGGAUCAAGGUCAAGGUAUCAGUAGCAGCAGCCAUCGUAGCGGUCCAUCGGUGUGCUUCCUCCGCUGCAACUUCGACCUCAGCGACUUCCAGUUCAGCCAAGGCCUUGAGAAGUGCAAGUUUGUGAGGUGCAGCAACACGCAUUUGGCCUCACGCUUCCCUCUUCGUGCUCGUGGAAGCGUAAGCUGA